CCACGUGAACUGCGCUUCUCUCGUGCGAUGAUCUUUGCCAUCGAGGAAAUAAACAACAGCACAGAGCUGCUGCCCGGUGUGAAACUGGGAUAUCAGAUCCACGAUUCUUGCGCAUCUGUGCCUGUCGCCGUGCAUGUGGCAUUUCAGCUGGCGAAUGGCCACGACUCUGUGUUUCACACAGCUGAUGAAUGCUCUCAGUCUGGCACUGUAAUGGCUGUUAUUGGGGAAUCUGGAUCCACUCCAUCCAUCAGCAUGUCUCGUGUUAUCGGGUCCUUCAAGAUUCCUCAGGUGAGCCACUACGCCACGUGUGCCUGUCUGUCAGAUAAGAAGCACUAUCCAACUUUUUUCAGAACAAUUCCCAGUGACCAGUACCAGGCUGAUGCACUGGCCAAGCUGGUGAAACACUUUGGUUGGACUUGGAUAGGAGCCGUCCGGUCGGACUCGGAUUAUGGAAACAACGGCAUGGCAGCUUUUCUUGAGGCGGCGCUCAGAGAGGGAAUCUGUGUGGAAUACUCUGAAUCCUUCUAUCGGACCAACCCACGCAGUAAAAUCCAAAGAGUCGCUGACGUUAUCCGGAGAUCAACAUCAACUGUCGUUGUGGCAUUUGCAGCUCCAGGCGACAUGAAAUUUCUUUUAGAGGAGCUGGCUGAAGACCCCCCUCCUCCUCGCCAGUGGAUUGGAAGUGAGGCCUGGGUAACGGACCCACACCUGAUGAGCUUCAGUUUCUGUGCGGGGGCCGUCGGUGUUGCUAUUCAGCAAUCAGUCAUUCCUGGUCUGAGAGACUUUCUUCUCAACCUUUCUCCCUCACAAGUGUUAGCCUCUUCAGUGCUGUCUGAGUUCUGGGAGGAUUCAUUCAACUGCAAGCUGAAAAGCUCUGAUCUAGACAAAAGGACGUGUGACGGAACUGAAGACAUUAAAAAACUCUCUAACCCAUACACGGAAACAUCUCAGUUAAGAAUCACCAACAUGGCAUAUAAGGCUGUUUAUGCAAUAGCACAUGCUAUUCACAAUGCAGUUUGCCUGAAAACAAAUGAAACCAUACACUGUGAUAAACACAUUAAACUGGACCCAAACCAGGUUUUCUCAGAGCUGAAGAAAGUAAAUUUUUCCAGAAAUGGUUAUCAAGUGUCAUUUGACCCCAAUGGUGAUCCGGUGGCUUUUUACGAGCUGGUAAACUGGCAGAAGAAUGACAGAGGAGUUAAUCAACUGGUAAAAGUGGGAUAUUAUGAUGCAUCACUGCCAAAGGGCCAGCAGUUCCACAUCAACUGGAACAUAACCUGGUUGGAGGACAGGACUGAAAUACCAGUUUCAUCGUGCUCAGAGAGUUGUCCUCCAGGAACUCGUAAAGUGUUGCAGAAAGGAAAACCAAUCUGCUGCUAUGACUGCAUACCAUGUCCUGAAGGAGAGAUCAGUAAUAUGACAGAUUCUCCUGACUGCUUUCCAUGCCCCAAAGAGUUCUGGCCAAAUGCAAAGAGAGAUGCUUGUUUUAUUAAACCUGUGGAGUUUCUGUCCUUUGAUGAAGUCCUGUCAAUCAUUCUGGCUGCAGUCUCAAUCAGCGGAGCUUUUCUGGCCAUCAUUACAGCAGUGAUUUUCUUCUAUCACAGAACAACUCCAAUUGUCAGAGCCAACAACUCAGAGCUGAGCUUCCUGCUGCUCUUCUCUCUGACUCUGUGUUUCUUAUGUUCACUA